GUUAUACACAUUAUGAUAACAAGAUAAAAAUUGAAGUCAGAAUUACAAUUGUUUGUAAUUUAGUGAGCUUCCAAAAUAUCUUAAAAGUAUAGACGAACAACGUACAGUUCGAAUGCCAGCCUACAUGUGAUUAAAUAAUUCCGUUGUAAUUAUUUUCUUUUUAAGUCUACAACUUGUUGCAUCAUGAGAUAAUUUAAAUUGAAUUUGAUGUGAAGAAUUUUUUCUACAAUGGAAGUCGACACAAUUGAUAAAUUAACCAGUCAUUCUGUUUAUGAUUAUGAUGGUAAUGAAAAAACACCACUUUAUGCUAAAAAUGACAAUGACAAAACUGUACUUAAAUUAAUUAUUGGUUUUUGUAUGGUAUUUUGUAUUGGAUUAUUAAUUAUUUUGUUGAUUCAUAUUCAUUAUGGACCACAUCAGUUAGUACCUCAUGGGAAUGUAGCCAGUGAUGAUGCUCAAUGUUCCAAGUAUGGAACUGAUAUGCUUAAAAUAGGUGGUAACGCAGUUGAUGCAGCAAUUACAACUGCAUUGUGUAAUUCUGUAGUAUUACCUCAUCUUUCUGGACUAGGAGGAAACGGUGUUAUGAUAAUUUAUGACCACCGAACUGGAAUAGGAAAGACUAUUGAUUUUGGUGCUGCAUACAGUUUGAAUUCAAGUAUUGGAGUCCCAGGUUUUUUGAUUGGAUUAUAUUAUGCUAAUAUGAAAUAUGGAAUUCUUCCGUGGAAAACUCUAGUGGAACCUUCCAUUAAUCUUGCAAAAACUGGCAUAAUAGUUACAAAAAGCUUACGUGAUUCAAUUAUUGAACUGAGUACCACAAAAUUAAUUAAAGAUAAAAACCUAAAAGAUUGGUCAGAUACAGUACUAAAUGUUUCACGUGAUCAAGUAAUUGCUGUUCCAAAUGGCCUUAUUGAUACUCUUACUUUAAUAUAUCGACAUGGACCUAUUGAAUUUUAUAAAGAAAUGUCUAAAGAGUUGGAAUUAUAUUUAAAGCCAGAUGAUGUUACUGGCUAUCAACCAUUUAUAUUACCAAUGUUAAAACAAAACAUUAUGAAUUAUAGUAUUUUAACUUCUAAUAAAGGUACUGGAGGACCAAUAUUAAUAGACAUACUAAGUAAAAUUAAUAACACAAAUAAUAUGGAUACUGUAUCAUUAUUAAAUGGAAUUAAAAAUUUAAGUGUUGAUUGGUCAGCUGAAAAUGCAGGGUUACAAGUUUCUACUACAGAUGUAUUUGAUCUUUAUGUAACUAUCAUUAGUGGUCUUGGUUCUGUUUUUGGAUCCCGUAUUUUAACUAAAUCUGGUUACAUACUAAACAAUGCUUUGGAUCUAAACUAUAAGCAUCAAUAUAUAAACCAAACUGCAAGAAUACCUUCUUUACAUUUACCUUUUAUAGCUGUAGAAACGGGAAAAAUAUGUGGAAGAAGAUUAAUAUCUGGUUCUGCUGAUGUACGUGAUGGUGUUGAAAUACUUUUAUCCAUGUUGAAAACAGAUCCACAAGACAUUUUUAAUGUUAAUAAUAUUCCACGUUUUCGUUUAAACUAUAGUGAUAUCAAAAUAGAAUAUCCAAAUAAGUUUCCCAACAAAAUUAAAGAAUUGUUUGUAAAAUCUGGAUAUCAUAUAUCUGAAGCACCUUUGCCUUAUCCUACUUCUAAUGUUGUACAAAAAGUAGGAGAUAUAUCUAUUGCUUUUUCAGAUAUUCGUGGAUCUGGAAAGUCAAUAACUAUAUGAUAAUUUAUUAUUAAUAUUACCAUAUCUUAAGUCUAAAAUAUGAGGUGCUCUAGUAGGUAAAAAACUAAAUAAAUUAUCAUUAAUAUUAUUAUUAUCAAUAAAAAAUGUACAAGAAAAAUUAUUUAAGAAUACUACGUACAUAGUUUAACUACUAAUUAUGCCACUAUUAAA